AUGAAUUUCACAAAACACGCUUCUUCCUUUUCCACAAUUUGCAUGCCCAAGUCAUGGACUUGGAGCUGUUUCUUUUGGUCCGUGUCUCCCCUCUCUUCUUCAUUCGCAAAACCAGCAAAACCAUCGAAAUUGAUUCCCUCUUCCAAUGUGUCGAAUUCCUUUGUCCAUCUUCCCACACGUUCGUUUCACACGUCUCCCCUUCGUGCAGAGCGCAAUCCCACUCCUUUGUCUGUUGCUUCCCGAAAGCAAAAACAACUUCGACCCCUUCUCAUUCCUCCAGUUCUCCCAGUUUCAUCCCUCUCUAAUCACUUGCAAGUGUCGACCCAACGAUUAAUGCGAGAUUUAACUCGUCUUGGCUUUAAAAAUGUUUCCCCUAGCUACUUGCUUACUUUUGAAUAUUCCAGUUUGAUUGCCGAAGAGUAUGGCUACAGAGUACACACGGAUUCUACUUCCGUCGCAUCUCCUCAAAAACCCAAGUCUUCCCAAGCAAAUGCUCCUUUGCGACCUCCCGUCGUAACACUGAUGGGUCAUGUUGAUCAUGGAAAAACUACUCUACUGGACGCUUUACGAAAAUCUAGUGUUGCCGCUUCAGAACAUGGUGGUAUUACCCAAAAGAUUGGUGCUUUUACAGUUCCCUUCGACAAAGGCUCAAAGUCAAUUACAUUUCUCGAUACCCCUGGACACAUGGCUUUUGAAGCUAUGCGUAAGCGCGGUGCGAACAUUGCUGACAUAGUCGUGUUAGUCGUAGCUGGUGAUGACGGUGUAAAACCUCAAACUGUAGAGGCUAUUAAACACAUUCAAUCCGCAGAUGCUCCAGUCAUCAUAGCAAUUACCAAGUGUGACCGUCCAGGAUUGCAACCACGUAAGGUUAUUGAACAGCUUAUGAAUUAUGGUAUUCAGGCAGAGGAAUUUGGCGGUGACACUCAGGUAGUGUCCGUAUCUGGUAAGACCGGUUCCGGCGUUGAUGAAUUAGAAGCUGCUAUAUUAACCCUUGCUGAAAUCCUUGAAGUUCGCUCUUCUCCAAAAGAUCAGUUAGAAGGUUGGGUUGUGGAAUCCUGUGUUGCUAAAGGCGUUGGCUCCUUGGCUACCAUAGUUGUCAAGCAAGGUACACUUUCUUCUGGAAACUUCUUGAUAGCAGGCAAUUCUUGGGGUAAGGUUCGUUCUUUGUUAGAUGUAAACAACAAACGAGUCAAGCAAGUAAUUCCCGGCCAAGCCGCGCAAGUCCUAGGUUGGAAAGAGUUACCCAAAGCAGGUGACCAUGUGUUUCAAGUGAAAAAUGAGUCCGCCGCCAAAGAAGUUUUAGCCGAUAUUGCUCGGCGCAAUGGUGCUCAAGAAUUGUACCAACUAGCUGAAUCUCACAACAAACAACUCGAAGAACAACGGUUGAAUUCAUCAGAAACUUUGGAAAGCAUUCCUGAGAAUAAAAGUGAAUACUUCAACGUUAUCGCAAAGUGCGAUGACACUGGUUCUGCUGAAGCCAUCAUCGAUUUUUUCAAAGGACUACGAAACGAAGAUUUACAAACGCGUGUCUUAUAUGCCGCUGUCGGUCCGGUUACGGAAACGGAUAUUGAGAGAGCUGAAACUUCGAAUGCUAUUAUUAUAUCUUUUGGUGUCCCUGUUCCAAAAGCCACGUUUCGAGAGGCAGAACGACACAAAGUCAAGGUUUUGUUCCACAAUAUAAUCUAUCACUUGAUGGAAGAAAUUCGAACCCUGUUCCGAGAACGUCUUCCACCCGUUUUGGUCCAACGCGUACCCAGUGAAGCCAGUGUACAGGCAAUUUUUGACAUCCGUCUAAAAAAAUCAAAUGUACCCGUAGCUGGUUGCCGUGUAACCAAUGGUACUUUAGAAAAGGCACACAAAGCUCGAUUAGUACGUGCAGGAAAAAUAAUAUGGACAGGUGAGAUAGAAAGUUUGAAGCAUUUAAAAGACGAAGUGACAAAAAUAGCCAAAGGGAGAGACUGUGGUAUUCUAUUAAAAGGAAUCCCAGAAAUUCGAGUAGGCGAUAAAAUCCAAAGUUACCUCAAUGAAUAUCGCCCUCCUGAGUUUUAA